GAUCAAUUGAUUAAAUCUGAGUCUUUAUUUCUUUAAUUUUCUAAGUAUUCAUUGAAAAAUAUUCACAAUGGCUACUGUUGUAAAAACGAAGGAUAUCAAGCCGGAGCCCGUGGCAUACAGCGAGGCAGCGCUCAGAAAUAAUGGCGCUGUUAUCGAGUAUUGCAGGACUUCGAUGGCUGCGCUUUCGGGCUCUACAGCAGGAGUCCUCGGCCUAACCAGCCUCUCCGGCUUCAUGUUCUACGUCCUCUCUGUGGUGGUGCUGUUCGUCAUGUUCAUGGUGAAGACCGGGCCCAACUGGCACAAGUACCACAUCUCCCGGCAGGCGCUGCUUACCAACAGCUUCUUCGCCUCGCUGUGCACUUACGUGCUGUUCUGGACCUUUAUUUAUGGGAUGGUUCAUGUUUAUUAAAAAUGGAAAU